GAGGAAAUCAUGAAUGAAGAUCUCGUUACGGACAAUGAUUUAUUUUGGGGCAUAUUGUUAAGAGUAUAUCACAAUAUGUUAUCAUAAAUGGGUUAAAUCUAUCAAUGGUUCACUGACUCCGUAGAAACCCAUUUGAGGGGCUAUUGUAUCGUUAAUUAACUAUCGUUAUAAAUUAUUGGUGUCAUCGCACUUUGCCACCUGAAAAGUCGGGAACACGGUAGUUUUUGACAUUUGUUCGGUUAUACAACGCAAUUAUUAGCACCCCCCAGAUCGGAAUCGAUCAGUGACGUAGUGCAUCGUCGGUGGCCAAUUCGCAUUCUUGAAGCGUGUGCCGCAUGUCACCACUGGCCAUUAGUCAAAAUUAUAGCUAUUUGUAUGCGCAACCCCCCAUGUCGAGUCCCAAUAAAAACGGCGGGCUAUGUGCGGUUCAAUGGGUCUCCACCCGUAGCCCCGUAGCCCUGUGGCUUCUUCUCUCCUGGGAGGAGGAGAGUCAAUCAGGUCGAUUGCUGAGCUCUACGCGUGAUAGCAAAUUGGUCGAUCGCGUCCCAAACCAGUUAAACACGUCCGGAUUAUAAAAAGUCGAUUGACUGAGAAUUGGCUAAUCAAACUUUUGGCGCACUUCAAACCGAGCGGUCGAAAAUUGUUAGGAAACGCAUUAUACUAUUGGAUAGCGGAUAUUGCUAAAGGAUUAAUCAUGCUGACCUGGACCCUGUGGUGUGGAUUGCUGUUCCUGCUCUGGUUCUACUUUCUGUGGAGCAGGCGCAGAUUCUAUCUGCUCACCCUCAAGAUACCGGGUCCCCUUGGAUAUCCCAUUCUGGGCAUGGCGCACUGGCUGAUGCGCAGGGAAGAUAUCCUGAAUGCAUUCGGCUGCUUUCUGGACAAGCACGGCCCGACGAUCUUCUCCUGGCUGGGGCCCAUUCCCUUCAUGAUAGUCAGUGACCCCCAAGUGGUGCAGGACAUCUUUACAUCGCCCCACUGCGUCAACAAGGGUAUUAUCUACAAGGCAGUGGACGAUGGAGCCGGAGUUGGAUUAUUCAGCAUGAAGGAUCCCCGGUGGAGCAUCCAUCGGAAGCUGCUGAAUCCCGCCUUUGGCCACAAGGUUCUACUCAGUUUCCUGCCCAUUUUCAACCGAGAGACGGCCCUUCUGCUGGACCAACUCGAGCCAUUGCAGGACGACGGAGAGAAGGAUCUCAUUCCACUGCUGCAGAGCUUCACCCUGGGAAUAGCCACCCAAACCACCAUGGGCAGCGACGUGAAGGACGAGGAGAACUUCAGGAGCAAUUCAUUGCUGGGGCGAUAUCAAUGCAUCCUGGAAACCAUGACAGAUAUGUGCUUCUCCCCGUGGCUCAAUAGCCGUUUUUGUCGUCAGCUGGCUGGAAAGGAAUCGCACUACUAUCAGGCCAAAACCGAAAUUCGCCAGUUCAUCCGAAAGAUAAUUGAAAGGAAGUUGGCCGAGGACGAGAUGAGAACAUUACCCGCCAUCCAAUCCAACGAUAAGAAUAUAUUUCUUAACCUGGCCACGGAUUUGAUGAGACGAGGAGUGUUCACCCUGAAAAAUGUUGAGGAUGAGUCAAACAUAAUCGUUUUUGGAGCCUUUGAGACCACCGCUAAUGCAGUGUACUACACCCUGAUGUUGCUGGCCAUGUUUCCCGAUUAUCAGGAGAGGGCCUUUGAGGAAAUAAAAACGAUAUUCCCCAACACCGGAGACUUUGAUGUGUCCUACGCUGACACCCAGCAGAUGGUGUACCUGGAUCUGAUUCUCAACGAAUCAAUGAGAGUGAUACCCCCCGUACCAGUUGUAUCCCGCCAAACGUCGCAAGACCUGAAGUUGUCCAACGGAAUAGUGGUUCCCAAAGGGGUCCAGAUCGCCAUCGACAUAUAUCACAUGCACAGAAGCAAACAGAUCUGGGGCCCAGAUGCGGAAACCUUCAACCCAGAUCAUUUUCUGCCCCACAAUAUCCAGGACAAGCAUCCGUACGCUUACAUACCUUUCACCAAGGGGAUUAGAAAUUGCAUAGGUUGGAGAUAUGCCUUGAUAUCGGCUAAAGUUACGUUAGCCAAGUUAUUGAGGAAUUAUAGGUUUAGAACGAGUUUUCCGUUCGAAGACCUUUACUUUGUUGAAGAUAUAACCAUGAAGUUAAAAUCAGUGCCGCUGUUGGAGCUCCAAAAGAGAAUUUAAAUGUUUGUAGAACUAAGUGAUUUUAAAUAGAUUAAUAAAAGUUGUUGAAAGAA